AGGAGCCGGAGAAACACAACAGGACCGUCGCUCCGCACCGGGCGCAGGGGCAUACCGCGGUUUUACGCUGGAUAAACGAGGCACUGUGACUUUCCAGUUUCAGAAUAAGACAGGUGAGAAAUAAGAAAAGGACCGUAUCGUCUCCCGCUCUCAUUGCACACCCAAACCUUAAUUCCAGUCAGCAUGAGCAAGUGGAAGUUAUUUUGACCCGAUCUGUCAAAAUCUUUGCGCAAGAUCGAGGACAUUCUAACUCAAAAUUGCUUAUCUUAUGCAUAAAUGGGAAAUGUCACUGAAAGACGGGAUCGUGGCUUUUCCGUCCAAAUUUCUUACAGUCUAUGGAAAAUCCCCGAAACGCGGAGAUGGGACGACAUAUGAUUAAACUCAAAAGACUAUAUUUAGCGUGUCCCGGACUAUUCCCCAUAACAUCUACAUAACACAGGGUCAGUUUGUUCUUAAUAUUCAGUGUAUAAAAUCCAAAGAGUCACCACCACCUUCGUUCAAGAGAUUAAGAUCUAAAAUAAUAUUUCUUUUACGCAAAUUACAAGAAUCUCCGCAAGGAAAAGGACAUCGGCUGCAUAUAACUGCUUAGCGGAGAAGCCGGAGCAUCUCCCGGGAUGACGCGCCUGCUCAGCUGCCUCUUGCUGGGCUACUUAACGUGUAACCUGCGGAUAUCGGAUGCCCAGGGGGAAUACUGCCACGGCUGGCUGGACGCCUCUGGGAACUACCACGACGGCUUCCAGUGUCCAGAGGACUUCGAUACCAUGGACGCGACUGUUUGCUGCGGAUCCUGCUCUCUGAGAUACUGCUGCGCGGCCGUGGACGCCAGACUGGACCAGGGAAGCUGUACCAACGACAGAGAAGCAGAAAACACCGAGUUCGCCGCACGUAGAGCCCAUCUACGUGCCCUUCCUGAUGGUGGGCUCCAUCUUCGUGGCCUUCGUGGUGGUGGGCUCCCUGGUGGCCGUGUACUGCUGCACGUGUCUGCGGCCCAAGCAACCCGCUCAGCCGCCCAUCCGCUUCUCGCUGCGCAGCUGCCAGGGCGAGACCAUCCCCAUGAUCCUGACGGCGGCGGUGCCACCCACCAGCCUGCGCACGCCAUCCCGCCAGUCCAGCACGGCCACCACCAGCUCGGGCUCGGCGGCCGGGGGCAGCUCCACGCGCCGCUUCUCCCUGGGCCGGUCCGACGGCGCCGCGCUUGGCCAGCCGCAGACACAGCAAGGCUGCUUGGUGCCCACCCCGGCCUUGCCCCCAGGCCAAACCCAGCCGCCUCUACCGGCACCCCCUCCGCCGCCCUACACGUCCCCGGCCUGCGUCCCAGGAGGCCUCUCUCAUGGCCACACCCCACUGCAGCUACACCAGACCCUGCACCCCUCCCAAAACGGUGGCUUCCUUCUUCCACAGCAGUUUUUUUCCUUCCCCCUGCAGCCGGAGCCGUUUCCCGCCGGCAAAGGGUUUGCCGAUUUCGGGCAGAGCUGACAGACGGAGGCGGUGCCUCUCCUGAAGGUGGCGCUCUUGCGGAAGAUCACGCCUUGGCGCCCAGCCCGGGAUUCUCUGCCAGCUGGUCGACAAACUGAGAUGAGAAACACAAAAGCUGGGGUCCACCAGCUCUGACUGGGGACACUGGUGUCACUCUGACAGGCUGCUGGUCACCCUGCAGGGAGAUGUUCUGCUGGAUGUCUGGUUCUAGAGCAAACGGGGUGUUGGCAGGGGGGUCACUGGACAGCGACACCAGGGAGGCGUAUUCUGCUGUGUGCCGUCGGUUCCUCCUUCUUCAGUUUUGUUUUUCUUUUCUUCCCAACAUUCAACCAACAUCCCCUGUUUUUCCAGGGAAGGAGAAAAUAAUUCAAGAAGGACUUUUCUUCUGCUUUCCCAUUUUAGCAGAUACAUAAGAAUUGUGGGUUUAUUUACACUCUAGGUACCUGUUUGAGCCUCAGAGUUAACUGAAUUGGUGAUGGAUUUUCGGUGUCAAAAAAUAAAUUGAAAACAAUCUCGAGCCUUCGUAAAAAAGGGAAAAAUGAAUAGAGGACUUAAUUCAAACGGUAUACUAGUCUUAACACAGUCCAUAGAAAGUGGAUGAAGUAUGUGGGCUUUGCUGGGCCAGCCGGCUGGGGCAGAGUCCGCCAUCAGUCACUUCACGGACUCUGUGGAAAUACAUCGAUAAGCGAUCGGACCGCCCGUUUCACUCUGACUUGUCUCCAAGUCUGGGCCACAGACCUGGAAAUUCUGGGGCUCAAGACACCAUUAUGGUUUGGAUAUGAGGCCAGAUAAGGGGAUGGGAAUUAAGUGGGGGGGGGUUACAAGAGUAUCUCAAUUAGAGUCACACCUCAAAGUGCCUUCUUUAGCAGCAGGAGUGACUACAGGUGGACAAAUGUGCAGUGGACAGGGCUCAAACCGGGGGUCCUGCUUCUGAAUGUUGAAAAAAUGGAACGUUUGUGUUUGGUCAGUAUGGCUGUGAAUGUUCAUGAUGCUGAUGUAUCUAUAAUAACAAUAAAUUAUAGGUUUUACAUGCGGGGGUACACAGCACCAGGGAAGGACUACAGUUGGGGAGGCCUGGCAAAUAAGAGUUGUUUAAUAAAUAGUAUCUAAGUAAUAACCGUAAACCCCCCCUUAUCUCUGUGUGAGCAGCCUGGUGUCUGACACGCCGUCCAGCAUAUCCUGGGCAUCCAUGCUUAUUCUUUGUCUUGUUCCUGCCUCAUAUUCCCUCAUAUUUAGCUGAGCUGUCCAUACGGAGGCCAUGGGGGUAAAGCAGAAGUUCAGGAGGUCCUGGCCCUGUUUGGCCCGACCCAGAUAAACAUUCACGCUCUUGGGCUAUUUAAAUAAUCCGAAAACAUUCCUCUGAUUGGAUGUAAUGUGGAUGCCGGGUCAUUUAGGAAUACCGUACACUGACUAAACUGAGUGUAUCAAAUAAUAAACAUUUCAUCAUUCAG